AUGUCCGCAGCAACUCGCACCGCACCGACACCGGCUGCUGCCGCCCCUGCUGCCGCCCCCGCCGCCACCGCAGCUUCGGCCAUUGCAAAGGCAUCCACCACAGAUGCCCAGUCCGACCUCGACCGCGCCGCUCUGGAAGCCCUCGAACUCGACUCGGAUGUCAUCACUUCUGUUCGCCUUGACGGUCUGGCUCUGACCAAGAUCGUAAAGCACUGCCGCGACGCCCACCCCGCCUCGGCUUCGGGCGCCCUUCUCGGCAUGGACCUCGGUGGAACCCUCGAGGUGUCCAACGUCUUUGCCCUUCCCAACCCCGGUCGAAGCAACAGCGAGCGUGAUGAGGAGGAGGACCGAAGCAGCCGCAACGCGACCAAAUAUACCUCUGAUAUGGUCCGCUUGUUGCGCGACGUCAACGCCGACGCCAACCCUGUCGGUCUCUACCAGGGAUGCUUCCUUGGCGCUUUCCUCAGCUCGUCUGUCGUCGAUAGUCUUGCUGCUAUCGCUGGUUUGAUCGAGCGUGAUGGCGCUAGCGGCCGUGGUAAGGGUGUUCUCAUUGUCCACGACCUCGCACAGUCUGCCCAGGGCAACACCUCGGUGAAGGCUUACCGUCUCUCGCCUUCGUUCGUCGAAGCCCAUAAGAAGGGCAAGUUCCACACGCAGAGCCUCAUCGACCACAAGCUCACAUUCGCCAACAUCCUCAUCGAGAUUCCCGUCUCGCUUCGAAACACUGCGCUCCUCGACGCUUUCCUCAGCAGCAUCUCGACACCAAACGCACCCGGCCCGUCGAUCGUGCAGCCCAGCACCUCGGAUCUCCUCCGCAAUCCACCCACGGCUGCACUCGGCCCCUCCUACACUUCUCUCAACCUUGCAUUGGAGCCUGUGCUCGCUUCCUCGCUCGAGUCGACGCUCGAGAUCAUGGACGAGCACGCCGCCGAGGCGGGCAACGUCGGAUUCCAGGCACGACAGCUGGCACGAGAGAAAGCCAAAGCCGAGGCGUAUCUUGCUCGCAAGAAGGCCGAGAACGCAGCGCGUGAGGCUCAGGGUCUGGCACCUCUUCCCGUCGAGGACGUUAACCGCCUGUUCAAGAUCCCUGCCGAGCCUUCGCGCCUCGAGGCCACCUUGCUGCUUGGUCAGAUCGACAGCUCGGCGAGACGUCUGGCCGAGACGGCUGCUCUCGGUGUGGUCCAACUCAACGCCGCCAAGACUGGCGCUGUGUAA